UAAUUUUUAUGCACCAAGCUAUUAUGUGAAAGUUUUAACGUGCUCCGUGUUAUUACGGCCGUUUUAAGUUUACUUUAAUCUCGGUGAAGUAUUUAUUUUUAUAAUAUAUAAAUUUCUAGUGUGAAUAACGAUUCAACAAUUGCGGUCUAGGAAACAUUAAGUAUAUUGCACCAGUCCGUGUUAUUUCCAAUCGAGACGUUCGUCCUUUGUUUUGCGGACUAUCGACUAUCAGCUAUUGUUGACGUUUUAAAGGAUAAUUUCAUACGCAUGAUAUCGCUUUGAACUUCUGCCGGACGGUACGUUGACGUAGUUUGUUAGCAUUUGACAUGUUUUUGUGCUCAUGGCCGUUUUCAUUUUUGACAGACGACCGUCAUGCACUCGUUGUGAAUAGCUUGUAAUCUGCCAUGAGUAAUGACCCCUUAGGACGGAGACGCCCCAGCAUAAUGAACAGCACGAUACCGAAGAAGAAAACCAACAUGAGGGUAAAGGCGUUCCCGUCGCGCACCGAUGAAAAGUACGUCGACAGCACGUGGGCGAUGCUGAAGAACGCCAUACAAGAGAUACAAAAGAAGAACAACUCUUGUCUGAGCUUCGAAGAGUUGUAUCGCAAUGCAUACACAAUGAUAUUGUUGAAGCAUGGCGAGCGACUGUACAACGGCAUGAGGGAAACUGUGUCCGCACAUCUGGAGACUAAAGUGCGAGCCGACGUGCUUGACUCAUUAAAUAACAAUUUCCUUCAAAUGCUUGACAAAUGUUGGAGGGACCAUCAAACAUCGAUGGUGAUGAUAAGAGACAUACUGAUGUACAUGGAUAAGGUGUACGUGAAAAACAACGAGGUCGACAGCGUGUACAACCUCGGACUUGUAUUGUUUCGCGACACUGUGGUGCGCCACGAUCGUAUUAGGGAUCAUUUACGUGAAACAUUGUUAAGCAUGGUGAUGCGCGAGAGAAACGGCGAGGUCAUUGAUAGGCUCGCGUUGAAAAGCGCGUGUCAAAUGCUCAUGGUGUUGGGAAUUCAAAAUCGGUCAGUGUACCAAGAAGAUUUUGAACGACCUUUUCUCGCUCAGUCCAGCGAGUUCUACAAUGUUGAAAGUCAAAUGCUGUUGGCCGAAAACAGUGCUUCCAUAUAUAUUAAAAAAGCUGAAGCGCGCAUCAAUGAGGAAGCUGAGCGGGCUAAAAAUUACCUGGACGUCUCGACCGAAAGUCAUAUAAUACGAGUGGUCGAAGAACAACUAAUCCAGAAACAUAUGAAAACCAUUGUGGAAAUGGAAAAUUCCGGGUUUGUGUUCAUGUUGAGAAACGAAAGAACAAAAGACCUGGCUUGUAUGUACAAGCUUUUGAGUAAUUUGUCUGACGGACUCAAAACCAUGUCGGAUUGUUUGAGUAAAUAUCUACGAGAAGAAGGCCGUUCGUUGGUGAAAGAAGACGAAACCAAUUUAAAUCCCGUCACGUACGUACAGAGCCUCUUGGAUCUCAAAGAUAGAUUAGAUUUUUUCCUAUACAGUUCUUUCGCUGGCGACAAAAUGUUCAAACAGACGAUAUCUUCAGAUUUUGAACAUUUUUUGAAUUUAAAUCCAAAAUCUCCAGAGUACAUGUCGUUAUUCAUCGACGACAAGUUAAAGAGAGGAGUUCGCGGAAUGGACGAGAACGAUCUGGAACCUGUGCUUGACAAAGCCAUGGUGUUGUUCCGAUUCCUUCAGGACAAAGACGUUUUUGAGACAUAUUAUAAGCAACAUUUGGCCAAAAGAUUGUUGCUUAACAAAUCUGUCAGUGACGACAAUGAAAAAAACAUGAUCUCUAAAUUAAAAACUGAGUGUGGAUGUCAAUUUACAUCUAAACUAGAAGGUAUGUUUAAAGACAUGUCGCUAUCAAACACCGUGAUGGAUUCUUUUAAAAAAUAUUUAGCUGAUACUCCUUCUUUGAAUUGUAACAAUAUGGAACUGUCCGUUCGCGUUUUAACUACCGGUUUCUGGCCGUUGCCGACGACCACUCCGAAAUGUAACGUGCCCAGUAUAGCGCGUCUGGCCUACGACGAAUUCCGAACCUUUUAUUUAAGCAAACACAAUGGCCGACAGUUAAGGCUCCAACCUCAAUUGGGUUCAGCCGACAUUACAGCUGUGUUCAACGAGACACGUCGAGAUAAUAGUGCGACAUCUGUGAUAAGCUCGAGCGCCAGUGGUAGCAUCGUUGUGUCCACUUCAUCAAACUCUGGCACGAGCGUGAAUUCUAUUGGUACGUUGUCUCCGCGCAAACAUCUCUUCCAAGUUUCCACCUAUCAAAUGGCGAUACUCAUGUUAUUUAACACUUAUGAGAAAAUCACCAUGGAAAGCAUCAUGAAUGAAACAGAUAUCAACGAGAAAGAUCUGACCCGCGCUCUGCAAUCAUUGGCGAUGGGCAAACCAUCUCAGAGAGUGCUGUUAAAGAGCCCCAAAACCAAAGAAAUCGAGCUACAUCACGAGUUUUCUAUAAACGAGUCCUAUACGUCAAAAUUAUACCGCGUCAAAAUUCAAUCGAUUACAACCAAAAAUGAAAGCGAACCGGAACGCCGAAAGACCAAAGACAAGGUGGAAGAGGAUAGAAAACACGAAAUUGAAGCGGCAUUAGUGCGCAUAAUGAAAGCUCGAAAAAAAUUAACACACAAUACUCUCAUAAUGGAAGUCACUGAGCAAUUGAGGUCGAGAUUCAUGCCGUCGCCUGUACUCAUCAAAAAACGAAUAGAGUGUUUGAUUGAAAGAGAAUAUUUGGCACGCACUCCAGAAGAUCGAAACACUUACAACUAUGUCGCAUAAAUGCACGCCACAAAUUGUUUAUCAGACAUUCGUUAACGUGUGAGAUAAUCGUUUUGAGGAGUUUGUACACAAAAUGUUUCAAGACUAUAUACAUCGUAUUUUGAUUUUAAAUUAAUAAAUACAGACGGUUUUUAAUCGUGUGAUUUUUUUCCAAAUAAUUAUUAUUUUAAUGGAGUAUAAAAAUAAUUCAAAACUAUUGGUAAUAUUGCAAUAACGUCUUUUAUUGUGUAAAUAUUAUGUAGACGUUAGAUUUUCAAAAGAAAAAAAGGCCAAAUGUUUCUGUACACAAAUUUAUAUAGUUUGAGUUAAAAAAAAAAAAUAUGAAUAAGUUUUAAUA